UUGUGUCUGGGAGACGGAGCCGUCAGCUGUGGAGGGUACUGACUGUCUCUCUCCGGUCCUGGUUCAAAGUAAAGACCUAAAAACGGCAACGGAGCCUCAGCGACAGGACGGGAGAUGGAUAACAGUAAACGGACUGUGGUCGUUACAGGUUUUGGGCCAUUUGGAGAGCACACAGUCAACGCCAGCUGGGUAGCAGUACAGGAAUUGAAGAAGCUUGGACUGGGCAGUGAAGUGGACUUGCAUGUAUCCGAAGUUCCUGUAGAGUACCAGACAGUCCAGAGUUUGGUUCCUUCAUUAUGGAAGAAGUAUCGUCCACUGUUGGUCGUUCAUGUUGGAGUCUCAGGUAUGGCUACCACUGUCACGUUGGAGAAGUGUGGCAGAAAUCAUGGCUAUAAGGGCCUGGACAACAGCAGCUUCUGUCCUGAUUCACAGUGUUGCAUUGUGGGAGGCCCGGACUGUAUCAACUCAGUUAUUGACAUGGAAUCAGUCUGUAAGAGAGUGAGUGCCUCGGGGCUGGGAGUAGCUGUCUCUGUCUCCAAAGAUGCUGGAAGGUAUCUGUGUGAUUUCACCUACUACACGUCUCUGUACCUGAGCCACGGUCGCUCUGCCUUCGUUCAUGUGCCUCCCCUCGGAAAGCCUUACAGCGGGGAGGACCUGGGACGUGCGCUGCAGGCCAUCAUCCAGGAGAUGCUGGAGCUUCUGGACCAGGCCGAAGAGAAGAUCCACUGCCAGCAGCACCACUUCCACUAAGUGACCUCCAGAUGCCAACCAGCCUCCCCACCCCUCACCACACAAAAGAAAUUGCACUUAACCACAAGUAGCCAAACUUCUUCUUAUCUUUUUUUUUAAUUGUUGUCUUUACUUGGACAAAAUGAAAACUUCAGUGUAGCGUUUGUUUCUCUUAUGUUUUUGCUUCAAGUUUAUUUAGGCCUCAUUUAGUCAUUUUAAUGUCUCCCAGUAGUGAGAAUAUAAAAUGGGAGUCUCAAGUCAACCCUCAGUCAUGUUGUAAUGCAAGUUUUUGUCCCACUGCGAACAUAAACAUGAAACAUUCUGACUUUGGGGUUAAAAAUAUGUGAAAAAAGUCACAGCAGAUGUGCAGAAGUUCUGUAACCUCGAAUGUGACCUCUAUGAAUGCACCUUAUAGGGUUAGGGGUAUUGAAAUGGUUAUAGAGGUCACAUUUGGGGGAACAGUUGAUUGUACUCUACAGUAUUUGACUUUCAAAAUGCUUCAUCCUCACAUUUUAAUUUCACUCAUUAUGUGUCAGUUGUUGUCUCUCUAAAUGUACAUGAUACAUGGUUUAAAUAGAAAUGUGUAGCAGUAAACUGUGUUGCUAAUUUCAGUCUCUUACGGAUAGCUUUUCCCAGCUGCUCUAAAGCCUAGCUGUGCUGUUUCACACUUGAUGUUGAAUUGUUUCUCGAGUCCUUUUUUCUUUAUAAGAAGUUGUAAUUUUGCCUUCUUUUACAAAGGUUAUUUAAAUCAGGGAACGGGUUGGUUCCAGCUCAUCUUCCCCCAGUUUAUUGGCCCAAUUCUGACAGAAACCCCCACCCCAAAUCCACCCCACUGAGAUCUGGCCCCCAGGAUGUGCAAUGUUAUUUUACAGAUCUCAAGUUCAGUCUUUUAGGUUUAUCAUAAUUGUAUUAUGGCUGCAAAGUUACUUGACAAAAUAUUGUAAUUAUCACUACAACUGUUUUCAGAUUGACUUAAACAAAGUUUCCUCUUUAACUUGUGACAUUAUGGUUCAUAACAUUCUUUUUUCUUUUUAUAUAAUAAGUUAUUAUUCAUCUUAAACUGUGCAUAAACAUGCAGUUUGUUUCUCACAGCAGCAUUUCAAGACCAAAAUCCGACAUUUUCCUCUCUGAGCAGCCCUAAUUGUUAUUUCUCGAUGAAAGCUUUCUGUUGUUCCCUUCAUUGAAUCAGAUAUAGCUGCUUAUUUUACCUGACGAUUUGAUUUGAUGGAGUCGGACUCUCGGUUGAGUCAGAGUUGGGCCUGGAAUUUUAUUUCUGUAGCACUUUGUUUUUUUGUUUGUUUUACAUUUUUACUUAAUCUGGAAUACAGACAGCGACAACAGUGAUUAUGAUUAUGCAUGUGAGGUAUGCUUUAUAGGUGAUUUUUGCUUUAUUUCCCUGAGCAUUGGUUUGCUCUGACCCUUAAACAAACUGUGAUGGUGCAUCUCCCGAGUGAAAAUGUUUAAAUGUUCUGUUUGUUUUUGUGUCUUUUUGAAUGGUCACUAAACCCCGCUUCAGUUUGAUGUAUUUUAGUAGAGAUGUAUAGCAUUGAAUGGUCUGCAUUCUGCUUCAGCACCAUGUGUAUCCCCAGAUAAAACAGCCUGUGGGAAACAAAGCUAUAGUUGAACUGCCGUAGCUAGUCUUAGGAAACUAACACUAUGCUUUGCGUUGCAGCAGAAAUGUUCUCAUGGGCUGUCAUUUAGUUUUUAAUUAAAUUUUUUGAGCAGUUGAGCAAGUUGGUGCCAGUGUGUUUAAGCUGAUUGGCAUUAUUUUUAGCAGUGUGUGUCUUUUUAAUUACCACUCAGCACCAUGGUUUGUACCACAGAGUAGCAUCCUAGAGCACUGAGCUAAACAGAACUGAACCUAUUCUCGGACCUAAAUUUUUAUCUUUUACAUAUUGGUUGUUUGGUUUAAAAAUCUCUUCUGACAGACAGGUUUUAGUUCUGAGUUUGUAGGUGCUGAUAUUUCACCGUGUGGCUUUGUGAGUGCUGAGAAGUUAAAGGGAUGUGGAGUAGACGCCCCUAAAUGUUCGCUCACAAAAGUGAAGAGCCUCAAGUUUACAUACGAGGUGACCUCUGACCCCGACUCUUUCCUGUGCCUUGCUGUUGUUUAUGUGUGUUAUGAAAAGGCCUUAAAAUACCCAGCGGGUCAAUUCAAAGAUAUAUUACUGAUGCUGUCCAGUCAGAUGUGUGGCUACCUCAAAAAUACUUUUGUAUCUCGGUGUGUGCUCUGUUGUACAAUAACAUUACGGCUCUGUGAUUUAUUGUGAGUUUAGGGAGAAUCCUCUGAAAGGUGUCUUCUUCUGCUUCUGACAUUAACAAAGCACUGUUACAAUACGUAAUCUUGGCUUUGUAAAAAAAGAAAGGCUUUGAAAUAAAGAGAAGUAACAAGUAA